AAACGCAAUCGAAAGUUUACAAUUCGAGAGAGGUUAAAGUUAAUCUUGUAUUAAAAAAUGGCUUCCAAAAUACAAUAACAGCGUGCACUAUGCAGUUUUUGACGCAAGAAUUGUUGAUAGCACACAAAAGGGAUAGAGAAGGUCAACAGCUGAAACAAAAUCCAGAUGUUAUUCAGGCAGCGAUCGUUUGUAAGAAGCCACAAAUUGUAGUAAAUCUGGACUGCUACUUCAUUUUUGUAAAGGGGCGUCGCACAAUACUGAACUCCGGAUUUCAAUUUAUUGAUUCAGCCGUAGGAUGGAUGAUAGCAGGAAAAGGUGCAAUAAAUAACAUUACUACGAAAACAAAAAAAGCACUCGUUAAAACUGCCAUCAUCGUCAGCACAAGUGCAGGCCGAACAGCCGGAUGUAGACCAAUUUGGCAUUUGGAAACAGUGGGCCUUGGAAGAGGCAAAACUUAAAU